AUUCCAAUAAGCUGGUCAACCUUCAAUGGAACAAUUAUCAAUGCUAAAGCAUCACAAUCUGACCGUUGAUCACAAUACACAAUACGUUAAUCUAUACAAUAUGUACAUGUGCAAACGCGUCUUAGGUACAUGCUAGGAUGGAACGUAAUGGUCAGGGGCUUAGUCUAAAUCUCCGCUAUAAUUCAAAUUUCUAGUGUACACUUGCAACUGCGACACUGCCCCUCCUUAUGAUUACCCCACUAAGGAUGCCAGCCCCACCAAAUAUUUGUAGCUUGGUCAAAAAAGCUUCAUCCAAUUCAAUCCAGUCUAUCCAAGACAUCAACAACUGAUGAGAUUAUGUGUCGCCAAUAGUCUCAUAGAAAGCCUUCUUACAACGAGCACUUAGGCAGAACGCCUAUCACGCGACAAUAACACCUUAGACAUUGUCUAUUUAAAUUUUAUUGUUGCACUUUCUUUAACGGACAGACCCAACUUCCCUUUGGCCACCUUGAGUGAACAUCAAUUCCAUCGAUUGACCGAUUAUUGCGAUACCCGAUCCUAUUCACCACCUAAUAUCAACGUAGUCGCCGCGAUCGUACCAUCCAUUUACGUCUUCUUCUUGUAGCAAAGUACGAAUUAAUACCUCGUCGCAUUCCGAUCGCAUAUAUCCAUCAUGGCCGACCUUGCUAGUCGCAUUAGCCAACCUGGCGAACCCCAAGCCGGUGGCCAGCCCGAGGAGUCUAGGCUCCAAGAUAACAGCUACGAUGUUGAGGUACAACUCAGCGACCUUCAGCAAGAUACGGAUAACCCCCUAGGUUCUGCGCAUACGUUCGAAGAGCUCGGAUUGCCUAGUGAAGUUCUCCGAGCUCUAACCGCGUUACGCUUCUCCAAACCAUCCAAGGUCCAAGAGAAAGCACUCCCCUUGAUGCUUUCCAACCCUCCGCGAAACAUGAUAGCUCAGUCUCAGUCCGGAACUGGAAAGACGGCCGCUUUCGUCACCACGGUUCUAUCUCGUGUCAACCAGUCGAAGCCAAACCAACCCCAAGCUCUACUACUUGCCCCAAGUCGCGAGCUGGCCCGGCAAAUAGAGAUGGUCGUGGUCCAGAUCGGACAGUUCAUGCCCAACCUGGCAGUGGCUGCCGCUAUUCCCGGCGCUAUUCCCCGCGAGGGACGUGUUGAUAAGAGUAUCGUUGUUGGUACUCCCGGAACCGUCAUGGAUCUGAUCCGAAGACGCCAGUUUGAUGUAUCCCAGUUGAAAGUUCUCGUUAUUGACGAAGCCGACAACAUGUUGGAUCAACAAGGCUUAGGUGAUCAGUGCACCAGAGUCAAGAACAUGCUCCCUAAAAGCAUUCAGAUCCUUCUAUUCUCCGCAACCUUCCCCGACAAGGUCAUGAGAUACGCAACACAGUUUGCGCCUAGCGCCAACCAGAUUAAACUGAAGACUCAGGAGCUCACGGUCAAGGGGAUUUCCCAAAUGUACAUGGAUUGUCCUUCCGAGGUAGACAAAUAUGAUAUCCUUUGCAAGCUCUACGGUCUGAUGAAUAUCGGUUCAUCAAUCAUCUUCGUUAAGACUCGAGAGAGCGCUACCCAAAUCCAACAGAGGAUGACAAAGGAUGGGCACAAGGUUUCUGUCCUACACGGUGCUUACGAAGGAAGUGAGAGAGAUGCGCUACUGGAAGAAUUCCGAAGCGGUCGAUCCAAGGUCCUAAUUACCACCAACGUUCUCGCUCGUGGAAUUGACGUGUCUACGGUGUCCAUGGUUAUUAACUACGAUAUUCCGAUGAAAGGAAUGGGAGACAGCAUACACGACACGGAGACCUACCUCCACCGUAUCGGAAGAACUGGCCGUUUUGGCCGUGUCGGUGUCAGUAUCACUUUUGUCUCCGACAAGAAGAGCUUCGAAGCACUCAAUGCCAUCGCGCAAGAUCUUGAAAUUGACUUGGUAGCGUUGAGACCUGAUGAUUGGGACGAGACCGAAUUGCUAGUCCAGAAAGUUAUCAAAUCUAGCCGAGCGCAGGCGGAUUACGUCCCAGGUCAAGCAUCUUCGUGAGUUGAUGGAUUAGACAGAGCCUACUCAGGUACUUCAAGGAUACCAUAUGGGCCAGAUUCCGCCUAUUGAGCGACGUAUGCAAGUUCUAACAAUUUGAUGACUGGGGCAUAACACGGGCUAUUUAUGCUGGUACUCAGCUAAGCUAUUGACUCGGUUGGCGAUUUCAACUAUUUUCCCCCCAAGACAUUCCAGCAAAAAAAUAAUUCUACAUGAGAGGAUUGAUGUAGUUAAUGAGAGAUGAUUAGAUACCUACCGACAGAAAAAAAGUCAUCCGAUGUUUUUACUAUAUGUGCGCCAGGAGGAUUCUUUUACAUGAAUCCUGCUUAAUUUAUUGUAUGCACCUUGAUGAGGUGUGGUAGCAUGUUCGAAACAGCUUUUCUACGAAGACAU